AUGAAGGUGGUGGUUGGUCUGACUUCAGUUCUGCUGGCUGCCUUGGCCGCUGCUGCAGGAAUUGUGGCGGAGAGGAGGCGUCAAAACGAGCUCAAGGUGUGCGGCUGCGGCGACGGCGAGUGCUGCAACUCGGUGCGACCCUCGGAACGACGUUACCAACUUCCGCACGCGCACGUGGAGCACUGGGAUACACGCAACGGAGAGUGUGACUCGAGCUGGGCCAAGCUUGCUCCGGGUGGAGCAGCAGAUAUGCAGAGUGACAAGCCGCGAACCAGUUUUGGCACGCUAAUCCUGUUGCGCCACGGCCAGAGCGUGUGGAACCGCAAGCCUGACCGCCCCACGGACUUGUGGCGCUACGCCGGAUCGAUCGAUAUCCCCUUGAGGUGA